AUGGGAACUAGAGCUGUUGCCGUUGCGGCGGCGGCAGGUGCUGCUGGGAUGUCUGGUGAGGCAGGAUUGGCUGGUGUACCAAGACUGCUGGAGGAUCUGGCGCGACUCUCGGAGGAUAAAGACUCGGCUGAUAUCGUGUUCCUACUAGGGAGAGACGAGACCCCUGUUUAUGCCCACAGAAUAAUACUUCAAGCCAGAUGCAAGAACUUCACGGCUGCCAAGAGGCUCGGUACAGCAGGUAAUCCGACACCGGUACGAAUGCCGCACGCGCAUCCAGAAACAUUUCGCCAAUUUAUUCGUUACAUCUACACCGGUAUGAUAAUACUACAAGAUAGUGGAAUUUUUGAAAUGUUGGGUCUAGCGCAAGAACUUGGUAUAGAGGAACUUUGGAGAAGUUGUGAAGAACACGUGUCUGUUACUUUAAGCCCCGGAAACGCAUGUGCACUUUUAACUGCUGCUUUGGAGGCUCAAGAACGAGUUCCAGAUUCUCCUGGCAACUAUCGGCACGCUUACGAAGUAUUUCGGAUAGGCUGCAGAGUAUAUUGCUUGCUAUUUGUCACCCAGUUUUUAAAUACCGACGCAAAAAUGUCGUAUAAAGGACCACAAAAAGUUCAGAAGGUGAUGGUGCAACCCAUCAACUUGAUAUUUCGCUAUUUACAAAAUCGCUCACGCGUGCAAGUCUGGUUGUUUGAGAACGUUAACCUGCGGAUCGAGGGACACAUUGUUGGCUUCGACGAGUACAUGAACUUGGUAUUGGACGAUGCCGAGGAGUAUCAUCAGAAGACGAAAAACAGGAAGCCGCUGGGUCGCAUUAUGUUGAAAGGCGAUAACAUCACUUUGAUACAAAACACCAAUCCCACUGCGAACUAAGGAAGAACAUAACCUCGACUCGGCGUCGAUUUUUGGCGGGCGCCGGGUAAGGCCGGCUCCGAAUUCGGGAUCUCUUUUUGGACUACGAGAGAAACUCUCAGGGAGAUUAUUAAUAUUGCAAUAACUCUUUAGGCGUGCGAAAAGAAAUGUAUCGCGUGAUAGAUGAAUAUAUCAACAGAGAAUUUGUAUUUGUUACCUGGAUAUUAGUAGCCACAAGUUUUGAUUAUGUGUGUCUUAACGAAUGCGAGAUAUGAUUAAAUCUUAUUGUGAGAAAAGGAUCAUUCGGUGUUUUACAUGAAUGCACACUCUAAUUUAUCUUAUGUAUACAGAUAUCUAGUUUUAAUUUAAUUAUAUGUAAU